AUGACCGAAGCUGGCCCGGGCUCGUCGUCAUGCGACCGAAGCGCGCAAAAUCAACGCGGCUUCAAACAGAGAUUCGAUGCCGAUGGCGCGGCUGGUGGUCGGGUUGGCGGGCCCGAACCGGUGGUCAAACGGUUCGCGUUCGAACAUGAAGAAUUACAAAUAGCUAGAACACGGGGUACAUUUAACCGAGAUUCUAUUCAAAUCAAUACAAUUUCAAGCAGAGUGAGUGCUCCAUACAGUUAUACACCAGUUCCUACACCAAGUCCGUCUUCGUGGGUUAUGACAGCAGCAAAAAGUGAUAUUGAUUUUAUUUUUUUAAAAAGAGGAUUUAAAAAUUGGCAUAGAGCACACAAAUGUUUCCGUAAUCAUAAAAAAUCUAAAGGCUAUAAACAUAGAGUUUCUUCUUGGAGUAGUUAUACAAUAGACAAAUCGGUUGAUAUUUUGUUAGAAAAGAAAGUGCAAAAAGAAGUGUUUAUUUCAAAGCAAAUCAACAAAAAAGUCAGACCAUUUAGAGGCCAUGACGAGAGUAAAAAGAGCAUCGCGCAAGUACUGUUUUUAGAUUUAAUAGAUUUAGUGUCGAAAUAUGACCCUACUUUAAAAGAUCAUCUAACAAAUGGACCCCAAAAUCCUUUAUACACUAGUGGGAUAAUCCAAAACGACAUUAUUAUCAGCAUAAGCAACAUCAUAUUACGAAAAAUAACACGUUCCGUCCAGAACAAACUUGUUUCAAUAAUAGCUGACGAAAUAAGUGAUUGUGGACACCAUGAACAAAUGGCAUUUAUUUUGAGAUGA